AUGCUCGAUGAUCUGGAAGACGAGGUCCAAGGCGACGGAUGGGAGUACGAGGGAGGCUUGGCUUGCCCUCCUUGGGACCCGGAAGCUCUCAAAAGCUUCUGCGCCAUGGACGACUGGUGUGGAGAGCCGGUGAUGGCGAGAGUCAAGCCCAAAGAGCCCGCGAACAAGCCCAAGAUUUCGAGCGAGCCCGAGAGGCCAGCGACUCCGAACAAGCCCAAGAGAAAGAGUUCGAGCGAGCCCAAGAGGCCCAAGACUUCGAGCGAGCCCAAGAGGCCCAAGACUCCGAGCGAGCCCAAGCGGCCAAAUAUUUCGAGCGAGCCCAAGAGGCCCAAGACUCCGAGUGAGCCCAAGCGGCCAAAGGCUUUGAAAAGCUGUGGUGGUGAGGCCAAGACGAGGAAGAACGCGUCCGCAAAGGUGACGCCCGAGCUGCGAGCUCUGCUAGCGAAGGUGAGGGCUACGCUGCCCGAGCAAAUCGACUGCCCGUGGUGUGGGCGCAUGUGGUGCACGAGGUUCUACGAUUUCAACAAUUACAAGCCUGGGCAGCCGAGGUACCACUGUAAGCCAUGCAAGCUUACCUGGACCAAAGACAAGGUGCCAAGGCCAAGGAGCAAAAGGCCAGCAUUCUAG